AUGGCUCAGAACUAAUAGAGUACAAGGAAAGUUUCAUUUUUUGAAAAAUAUUUCUGUUGUGGCAAUACUCAAGAAGUAUAAGAACCAAAUACUACAAAUUAAAUGUGUAUCAUAAUUUAACAAAGAUUUUAGAUAACACUGUUAAUGAAUAUUUGAAAUUGAAUCAUAAGAAUCCUAGUCUUUAUACUUUAUAAGAAUUUGAUGGUGUAUACUAUGAUAAGAGUAAAAAAAUAAAAACUAUCCAUCCACUUAAAGAUAUAGCUAUUAAUAAUAUAAUAACAGAAAGAACUUAGCAUUCAUGUCCAAUUUGCUUUUGCUAUUUUAAUUGUAGAAGUUUGUUCUUAUAUUAGUUAUUUUGGCAUCUAAUUGUUGUAUGAAUUACAUUUGUCAUAUUUGCGCAUUAGAAUUCAAAAAUCCUAAAUGUCAUUUUUGCCAAAAUGAAAAAUGCAAAUAUAUAGAUGCUGAUUCAAAAGAGUUCAAGAUUUAUACAGAUUCAUAAGGAAUAUAAAUGUUUGCUUUAUAAUAAAUGAAGAGAGACACAACAUCUGGUUGA